CGGGCAUGCCGUGCAACCAGUCACUCUGCAUACUGUUUUGCUUAUCCUGUGCGAUUGCGGUUGGAAGCGUAGGAUCUCGUGAGCACGCCAGCAGACCCCCUCGGCCGUCGACAUCCCCCAAGAGAUGGUGCUAGUUUCUCCCACACCUUGACACGCGAGAAAGCACCGCAUCGGGCACCAUGUCUCUGAACCUGGAGAAGCAGCUGCGCUUCUAUGGCGCAUACCACCACAAUCCCGUCAAUGUGGGGAUACACGUCCUCUGUGUGCCUCCGAUCCUGUUGACGGCGUUCAUGCUCCUCACGAACACACCCGCCGUCCCGCUGCCCUCGUGGCUGUCGAUACCCAACCUGCCCCUCAAUGUCGGCACGUUCGGCGCAGUCCUCUACUCGACCCUCUACAUACUCAUGGAGCCGGUGGCAGGAACGAUGCUUGCGCCCAUCCUGAUCGGUGCCACCGCGUACGGCAACCACCUCACAACGACCUACGGGGCCAUGGCAAACUACUGGGCAGGUGGGAUCAACUUUGCAUGCUGGAUCGCGCAGUUCAUCGGACACGGCAAGUUCGAGGGCAGGGCCCCGGCGCUGCUAGACAACCUUGUGCAGGCGUUCUUCCUUGCUCCGUUCUUCGUCUGGUUCGAGAUCCUGUUCUCCCUCGGCUACCGCCCUGAGCUCAAGAGCCGCAUCGAUAAGGCUGUGGAGGAGGACAUUGAGAAGUUCAAGAAGAGCAAGGGACAGAACGAUAAGACUCAGUAAGCAUGGGAACGCGAGAGGCUGGCCAGCGAAGAGUAGGGCCCGUUGCUUAGAGAGGACUGGGAGGUGAAAAGGUUACUGAGAAGAUAUGGCAUAAAGGGCAGGACUGAGCAGGAGAAAGCCGCAGCACAGCAUUGCGUGGGAGUCAGGUGUACCGGCGUCCAGGUACAUGCACAUAUGGUGGACGUGGAGCUUGUUCGGGAUAGCAUUUGCAGCGUGAAUUUAGCGUCCAUAUUUGCAAUUAUAAUGCAAGAUUGCCAUGCGUAUCGAGCGAACGAGUUAUAU